AUGAGAUUUAUGGUUGUAUGUGGCUCCUCAGAAUCUCUAUCAAGAAAGCAACUACUAGUUCAUAAAUUCUUUGAAGAGACUGAGGAAACAAAAGUUAGAGGGAUGGCAGAAUCAAAAAGAGGGGUGUAUGAAAAAACGGCGCAUGACACUAGCUUCCGUCGUACUUGGGACAAAGAAGAAUUCGAACGAUUAAACCCAAAAUUUUCUGAAAGUUCAAUAGACGAGCCUCCGCGAGAUUUGCUAAGAGCUCGUACUGAGAGAGUCAUUCUAGAUGCAAAUCUAAAUAAAACACAGGUUGUACAAUCGACUAGUAUUGCUUCAAAACAGCCAGGCUUUUAUUGUAAAGAAUGUGACUGUGUUGUCAAAGACAGUGUAAAUUAUUUGGACCAUAUUAAUGGAAAGAAACAUCAACGAGCCCUUGGAAUGUCAAUGAAAGUCGAGCGUAGCACCAUAGAUCAAAUCAAAGCAAAGUUCGAACAAUUGAAAAAGAAAAAGGAAGAAGAACAACAAAUAUAUG